GCCAUUCUUCGUUUCCUCCCCUAACAAUGCCAACACCCCUACAGAGCUGAUGGAUCCAUUCGUGGAAGUCAAGAUAGAAGUGGAGGAUCUGGAUCUGCUGCAGGGAAUCCGCCACCAUCGCGAGGGCUUUCCACGCCAACGCAGGAGAUUCGACCGCGAAGACGACGAGCGCCGAUUCCAGGACUUUGUGCGCAGCGAGUGCGACAGGAGGAGCGAGGAGCGAAAGGAAAUAGGGCGCAAAUGCGAUGAGCUGUACGAGCGCCUGUUUCAGAAGCUGAAGCGCGAGCGCGACGGGCUAUUCGAGCGCCAAUGCCAAAAGUUGGAUGCCGAAUAUGAAGAGCUGUUUGACAGCGAGUACCAGAAAAUCCAGCGCCAGAUCGAGCAACGGAAGCAGCAAGAGUCAUUUUCCGUAGACGAGCUCCCGCUGAAUCUAACCAGUUAUCUCACCGCAUGCCAUGGGCUGCAUCUUCAGUUUAAAAAGGGCGCCUGUCGGUCCCUGAUCACGCAGAAAGAAGCCCUCAGCUGGACUUUUCCUCGGCGAAUCAUUCCAUGGGAUCUCAGCUUCCAGUCGCUACAGCAAAGCGUGUGGCAUCGUCUCUUGCCAGAUUGCUACUUUACCAAACAGCGCAUGUUUUCAUCUCCCCAGCGGCUGGAGAACGUAAGACGUACCUUGUCUCCCGUAAACAGCGAGGCCUCGCUCCAGCACUUUGGGCGAUACACCAUUGAGAGCACGAUUAUGGAGAUGUUGGAUAGACUGAUGGAAGACGACGUGCUUUGGAACGGCCUUGGGCUUAGCGACGACGUGCGGGUGACCAUGGACGCUGAUAAAGACCUUGGCCAGGUGUAUGAGCCCAUGCUCCAAUCUUCAUGGCACAAGGACGCGGGCGAGCUCAAGCUAUCCAUGCGUAAUUCACAUCGCAGGGCCAAGAGACAAGGCAUCUGGGCCAAUCGGUCGUGCAUAUACCGACAGCUCGAUGGCGAAAGCACUCCAGUCUUUGCCAUCAUGCAUCAGUUGCCGCAUAGGCUUCAGCUGGAGGAAAUCGACUGCGGUUUAGCAUCCGAGAUUGAGGUACAGGACGUGAUUGAUAAAGAGGGUAGAGACUUUAAAUUUGCCUCAAAAACUCUCGUGGCCGCCACCAUCACUCAGUUGUAUUCUUACAUGGUCAGCAAGGAUAUUCGGUAUGGAUGCGUUUCCACAGGAGAAGCCUUCAUCUUUUGCUGCAUCUCAAGGAACGAUCCUUCGAAUAUAUACUGCACAGCAUGUGUGCCAGGGCGCGAUGUGCAACGGGAUGAUCCUCUACGGCUCCAUCGAACGGCUGCAGCGUCCGUCUUUGCCCUCGUGGUCCACGCCCUUCGCGAGAAGCCACUUCCCGGAUCGUGGUACGACUCGGUCAAGAAUUUGGAUGCCUGGACCAUGGGAUACGACGAUAUUUUGGACAAAGUACGCAAGAUGAAUGCCCCAAAGCCUCAAGUAUCUUCUGUCCAAGACCACCGCUGGCGGGGGUUUGACCGGUCCCCAUUGCUGGCAGAGCAUAUGCGUGGACGCAGUGACCGUAGGAGAGGCGAGGAGAUACGGCACUGGCUUGACAACGUAUCUGGUCAGGACGUAGCCGACGGAGAUUUCAACGAGAGCGCUACUAAGAAGCCCACUAUACAAGAUCAGCCGUUUUGUUCUCAGAAAUGCCUGUAUGGCUUGGUGCAUAGGGCGAAUAUGGACGAAAACUGUCCCAAUUACGAGCAUCAUGGCUUUGGACAUCCUGGUUUUGACGACUUUUUGGCCACUCUCAGUACGCAGCUUGCCAAGGAAGAAAAUAGCGAUGUCAACUUCAUACCGCUAGGGACCUCAAGCCCCCACAAGUCCCUCUUCAAGGUGCGGCAGGCAUCUUGGGGCUACACUUUUGUCGCCAAGGCCGGGAAAGGGCUUGCUCAUCUGUGGAGCGAGAAGCUUGUAUAUGACGAGAUGGAAAAGUAUCAAGGCCGGCAUGUGCCGAUAUGUCUUGGACUGUUGGAACUGGACAAGCCGCGGUUGGGAUACAGGCGGCAGUUCAAUGAGCUGCUGCUUCUGAGCUGGGCCGGGCGGCCGUUUCAAAACUGCCUGCGGCAAAUCAGCAGGGAUCAAGUUGCGAGCAAGGUAGAGGCCAUCUUGCGAGCACUGCACGACCAAGGAAUCCUCUACAACGGGUGUCUGGAGCCGAGUAACUUUCUGUACGACGCGUCGCGUGGCGAGAUGAUGAUUGUGAACUUUGGAGAGUCGUCGACGAGGUUCACUGAUCUUCCCAGCACGGGCAGAAGCUAUUCCAUGCCUAAGAAGAGAAAGCGAGGGCGGCCAGACUCUGCGAUGCUGAUCUUUGAGAAGGACAAGGUCGAUGCUGUUCAUACCAUUUUGCGUUCGGCGGCGCCGAGUCAUGAACGUCGAUUUUCUGAAUCAGAGUCGGAGGUUGGAGAUGACUCGAGUCUGGCUGGACGAGAAGAGGAGAGCGACACAUCGUACUGCCUGAGCGAUGGGAUAUCUCGAGGGUACCUGUUGAACGAGUUCAACGGCAUCUUCCAAAAGAGAAAGAAAGACGUGGAAUUGGAACUUAACAUGGGAAGCCAGCUCAAGAGGUUUUGUCUCGUCAUAGCCAUUGUAUAUGCAGAUUAG